AGCAGUGCGUGAACAGGUGAACACGAGUGUUUCUCUCGCUUCUGACGGUGGAUGUUUUCUCAUGGAUGAAGUGGAAGAAGUCUCUUACAUUUUAAAGUUAUUAUAUUUUUUUCCUAAGUGAUGAAGAUGUCUGUUUUCCGUGGAGUGCCGGAUAAUUUUCAGCCCAGACGCUUUUGUUUUUUCUGAAGUCAACUAAUUCAUCAUCUACAACUACAUCAUCUGUUUUAUUUUAUUUUUUUUUAUUUUUUUAUUUUUUUUGUUUUAGCAUUUGAGCGGACCUCUAUUAUUUUAAAAUGGCUUUUGCAAAAUUCAGCAAGAUGAUCAGAUUUCCUGCGAUUGACAUCAAGAAGAAAACCAAGCAGUAUGAGCACGUUCACCGGGAUGUAAAUCCGAACGACAUGUGGGAAAUUAUCGGUGAACUGGGCGAUGGUGCUUUCGGUAAAGUUUAUAAGGCCCAGAAUAAAGAAACCGGUGUGCUAGCUGCAGCUAAAGUGAUCGAAACCAAAAGUGAGGAGGAGCUGGAGGACUAUAUGGUGGAGAUCGACAUCUUAGCAUCUUGCAACCAUCAGUACAUCGUCAAACUGCUCGAUGCCUUCUUCUACGACAACAAACUCUCGAUAAUGAUCGAGUUUUGUGCUGGAGGUGCAGUCGAUGCCACCAUGUUAGAGCUGGACAAGGGUCUUCAAGAACCUCAGAUCCGGGUGAUCUGUAAACAGAUGUUGGAGGCUCUUCAGUACCUCCACAGCAUGAAGAUCAUCCACAGAGACCUAAAGGCUGGAAACAUUCUCCUCACACUGGAUGGAGACAUCAAGCUAGCGGAUUUUGGAGUUUCUGCAAAAAACACCAAAACUCUCCAAAGGCGAGACUCUUUCAUUGGGACUCCAUAUUGGAUGGCUCCAGAGGUUGUGAUGUGUGAGACCAUGAAGGACGCUCCAUACGACUAUAAAGCUGACAUCUGGUCACUGGGCAUCACGCUGAUAGAGCUGGCUCAGAUAGAGCCGCCCCACCAUGAGCUGAACCCCAUGAGGGUCCUGCUAAAAAUUGCCAAGUCUGACCCACCCACCCUGGAACAGCCUGCCAAGUGGUCAAUGGAAUUUAACGAUUUCCUGAAAAAAGCAUUGGACAGAAACCCCGAGAUGAGGCCAACGGCUGCUCAGCUUCUAGAACAUCCUUUCGUGAGUUCAGUGAAGACCAACCGUCCAGUGAGAGAGCUGGUGGCAGAGGCCAAAGCUGAGGUGAUGGAGGAGAUCGAGGACAAUCAUGAAGAAGGAGAAGACGAAGACCCUGCUGAUCUCACUCCUGUACGGGCUCCGGUCAAAGACCCAUCAGAAACCAGUGAGACCAGUUUAUAUGGAGACAAUCCCCAAGACACACCUCACACGGUGAUUGAGGAGGAGCUCAGGACCCUCGUGCCCACCGAAACUCCUUUGAAAGAGCAGGAGGACAAUCUCAGCGAGUUUCCAGAGGAAGAUCAUGACAAACCUGAGAGCGAGGCAUCAGGCAAGGCUUCCAGCUCCGACUCCGGCAUUGAGGAUGGAAAAAGCACGCCCACCUCUGAAGAGGACACCAAAGUGGUCGAGAGCUCUGAACCAGAGCUUCCUUUACUGAGGACAGCAGAUCCUUCAGAGUCAUCAGAAUCUUCUUCAGACACCAUGGAGCAGCCCUCAGCGGUGUCAGAGAAACCACAGAAACCGGAGAAAGAAGCCCACAGUGGAGUAAUGCCUAACCAGCAACCAGAUACCAUGCUGGACCAAACUGAGUCCAAAGAGCCGGCCAAUCGUGUGUCUGUGGCGAGCGACAGGUCCUCUUUGGGUGGUGAGGAUGUGGAAAGUUUGGUUCCUCACACAAAUGGCAGAUUAUCAAAACGAUACUCUGAUGUGGGCAGUGAAAACAUGGACAUCAGCCUAAACAUGUCAGGUCAUAUGUCUGUCAACAAGGACUUGGGUACCAUCACUUUAUGGGACUCCAAGAAGACGCUCAAACGCACCCGUAAGUUCUUGGUUGAUGGUGUUGAGGUGAGCAUCACCACCUCCAAAAUCAUCACUGAUGAUGAGAAGAAAGAUGAGGAAAUGAGGUUCCUCAGGCGUCAGGAGCUUCGAGAUCUGCGUCUGCUGCAGAAAGAGCAGCAUCGCGCUCAGGCCGUGCUCAACUUGAAGCUGAAAGAUCAGCGGGAACAGAUACAGCGCAGAUUCGACCAGGAGAUGAAUGCCAAGAAAAAAUACUUCGACACGGAGCUGGAGACCCUGGAGAAACAGCAGAAACAGACCAUAGAGAGAAUGGAGAUGGAGCACACCGUACGGCUGCGGGACGAGGGUAAACGCAUUCGUGCUGAACAAGAAAAAGCCUACAACAAGUUCAUAGACCAGAUGAAACACAAGAAGAAAGAGGUCAAACAAGAAGUGGAGAAACUGCCCAGGAGUCAGAGGAAAGACAGUUUGAAGGUCAAAAUGAGCGACUUUCAACAGAUGAAAUCAAAUGAGGAAGAGAAGUUCCUUGCAGAUCAGAGGGAUUAUCUUGACUCGACUCUGAAGAGGAUAAUUUCUGAAAAUAAGCGGGAAAUCUCAGAGACGGAGCGUCAGUGCCUCCUCAAAAAACAAGCUUUGCUUAGAGACCGAGAGUCAACUAUUUGGGACAUGGAAGAGAAGAACUUGCACGAGAGACAUCAGCUCCUCAAACAGCAGCUGAAGGACCAGUAUUUCCUGCAGAGACACCAGCUCCUCAAGAAACACGAGAAGGAACAGGAGCAGAUGCAGUGCUACAACCAGCGCAUGAUUGAGCUCCUCAAAGUUCGACAGCAGCAGGAGAAGAACAGGCUGCCUAAGAUCCAGCGCAGCGAAGGCAAAACACGAAUGGUCAUGUUCAAGAAGAGCCUAAAAAUUAACUCCUCCGGAAACUCAGCGGAAGACCGUGAAAAGAUCAAGCAGUUCACCAGGCUGGAGGAGAAGAGGCAGAAGACCGAGCGAUUGCACCAGCAGCAGAAACAUGAGAACCAGAUGAGAGAGAUGAUUAACCAGUGUGAGGGGAACAGCAGAGAACUGCAGCAGCUGCAGAAUGAGAAAUGUCACCUGCUCAUAGAAAACGAAACGCAGCGUCUGAAGCAACUGGAUGAGCAACACAACCAGCAGCUGAAGGAGUGGAGAGAACACCUCAAGCCCAGGAAGAAGGUUCUGGAGGAUGAACUGACCAUGAGGAAGAAAGAGCAGGAGCUUUUCUUCAGGAUGAGCGAAGAUUCCGAGUGUCUGAACGUCGGCUCACCGAACAAACUCACCAAGUUCCUUCCAUACGUCGAUUCCUCCACCACAUGAGCUCCUGCAUCAGACUCACGUCGAGCUCCACACCAAGUAUUUUAGCUUUUGAUGAAUAUAUUUAGACGAAGGGAUUUUGUAUCAUGAACCGUGGCACUAGAACAACUAGUUCAUUUUCCACUCACUUCUGACGGACUUAAAAGCUACUGUUGUAAUUUUAUCUUCAAGUUAGCAAAAAGUGUAUUGCCAAACAUUGUACAAACCUUGCAUAUUCUUAUAUAUUUUUAUUUUUUUCUAUGAUCAUUAAAUAUAUACAUAUAUGUAUUGAAACUUUAUCACUUUUCUUUUAUAACCGAUUUCGACCUUGAAUUUGUUUUAAUUUUUUGAACUUGCUUCACACGUUUUUCUUUACUAAAGUGAAGUGUUCAUUUUAAUUGGUACAUUUAAGUUAUUUUACUCGUUCGUCAGAUGAUUUUGUUGUUUUCUGUACUAGACAACAACUAAUUUGCCACUUUUAUUAUUCUGCAAUGUUCUCCAAAAUGUGAGUUAUACUCUGCCACGAACUGUCAGUGGCUCAUUUACUGUAAACACGUCACACUGGAUGAGACGGGACGUGUGAUCCCGGCAGCGCCAAAACUCAAGACAUCUGGGUUGAGAUAUUUGUUUACGCUAUAAAGGAGACACUUGUUUUCUUGUUUAGUUUAUUGUUGAGUAUUUUGUCUGUUGCUGUUUAAAGCACUGUCACCUAACUCAAGUGCAAUAUGUUGUGUUCAGAUUUUAUACUCGUGUUAUUUUACAACAGCUUCCAUGCUUUAGCCAUUUGAAGGAUUUGUUUUUCCAAAACCAAUAGUGUCUGACAAAAGGGUACUUGGAUUUUACACUUCUUCUUCUUUUUUUUUUUAUAUGCACAAUGUUGAGCUUUCCUUUUUGAGUCUGUAACUCUGUGUAACCAAAGGUUCAGUGGAUGAUGCCUCUCCUGAUGUAAGAAACUGUCGUCCUGCAAGAGUAUAUAUAUAUAAUAAAUGAGAUGUUUAUUAUUCA